UCCACUUCCCGCUCUGGCAGGUCUGCGCGGCCGCGUGCGGGGCGUUCGUCUUCUCCCGCGCCGAUGUCGUCGAGGCCGAGGCGUUCGACUUCCCGGCCUGCUGUGGCUGGGUAAUUCUUGUCUUGCUAUAACUCUUCACGUGCAGAGAAGGGAAGAAGAAGGGGAAAGGGGAUGGCCGCCGACACCGCCUACGCGAAGCAGGUGCUGCUCGCCUGCAACGGCGGCGGCGACGCCGUCUCGCGGGGGGUCGCCGUUGGCCUCGCCAGGCACGGCUGCAGGCUGGUCCUGGUGGGCGACGAGGGCGCCCUGGCCGCGACGGCGGAGGAGGCGCGGCGCAGCGCGGCCCAAGGGGCGGCGGCCAUCGCGGUGGUUGGGCUGGACUUGGCGGCCUGCGACGAGGCAGCCGUCGGCGCCGCGGUGGACGCGGCGUGGCGCUGCUUCGGGGACGGCGGGCUCCACGCCCUUGUCAACUGCUGCUCCUUCGAGGGGGAAGUGCAAGAUUGCCUCAGCGUGACUGAAGAUGAGUACAACAAGACCAUGAAAGUCAAUGUAAUCACACCUUGGCUCCUGAUAAAGGCGAUGGCGAAGCGGUUCCGGGAUGCGCAGUCGGGCGGCUCCGUGGUUUGCUUGACCCAGAUCAUCGGCGCCGAGAGAGGAUUGUAUCCGGGGGCUGCGGCAUACGGCACAAGUUUAGGCGCCGUUCACCAGCUCGUCAGACUGUCGGCGAUGGAGCUCGGCAAGCACAAGAUCAGGGUGAACGCCGUCUGCCGCGGCCUCCACCUGGGGGACAAGUUCCCUCUCUCUGUUGGGGAGGAGAAGGCCAAGAAGGCGACCGGGGAGGUGAUGCCGCUGCGGCGGUGGCUGGACCCGGACAAGGACCUCGCUUCCACGGUGCUGUACCUGGUCGGCGACGACUCCCGCUUCAUGACAGGCACCACCAUCUAUGUCGACGGCGCACAGUCCAUUGUGCGCCCUCGCAUGCGUUCCUUCCUGUAGGUAGCAACAGCGGUUUGUGCAAAGAGAUCAACUGCCAUAAUUAAGCAGUCUCUAUGAAUGCAAUAAUUAACAGGGUUUAAGAUGGUAGAGUAAAGAUCAAAAUUGACAAAGAGUAUCCAGAAUCAACAUGAGUGGCACAGCAGGCCCUUCAGAUUAAAAGACAAACGCAGAACCUUGCUGCACACAGGCAUCAAAGGAGUGAAAUGGAUUGAGUAGUCGACAUGUGGACCAAGCCGUAUCAAUGGCGUUCGGAGAGAACGGAGCAACCAACUACAUCCGCAUCCAGGGUAACGGCAUUACCGCCGGAGCGACGACGGAGGCGGCCAUGGCGGAGCGGGGGGUGGAGUCGGUCCUGUUCCGGGGGAAGAAGCUGAUGCCGCAGACCAACGACGAGCGGCUGGACGGCGUGGUGGAGCAGCUAUUGUUCGGUGCUGCUAUUUUCCAUUCGCUGCUGGGUUGCUUCUACUCUCCACCAAUCUGUCAAGUAGCAAAGAGUAGGUUUGACCUCAAUUUCGAUGCAGACAUGGAUUGGGAUGUGAUGCAUGUACUUGCUAAUUAAGGGAUUUGGAUCUUGCCCUCAAUUAGAGUUCCCAAUCUCAACGAAGUGGGGUUUAUGAAUUUUAUUAUUUUUUAGCUUGAAUGGACUGUAGCUUCGCUUAAUUGACUGACAGUUGUAUUUGACUGCAUAACUGGAUUAAUUGAUUUCAUGGCAGAUGUCGGUUUUGACCUUGGUUGAUCAUGCUUUGUUCCGUAUUUGGCCUGCAACAUAUUUUCUAUGCAUUCGCAGAAAUGGUUUAUCUUGGACAUGAUUCUCAAAGAAGAUACAGAUGUGCAUGCUUCAUAUCUUCUACACGCUUAUGCAAAGCAGGAUUUUAUUCAUAUUUUGAUGAGCUUAAUUUCUUAUGCUAAUGUUUGCUUCCGCCUGAAGGAUACAUAUGGUAUGUUUUGUGAGCGGUGGGUAUGGAUGAGUAAUGCCCUGCUACUCCUUGGGGGGCGUGAGUGAAGGUGAAGAUUUAUGCCUUAAGCAUAGGAAUGAGGGAGUAGGUAUCCAACAGAAUAGGCGAUGAUGCUAGGAGAAAAAGAAGACUUUGAUCUGGUUCUUCAAAGAGGUACAUCAAGGAACAAGUACAUGGUGCUACUCGAUGGUCAGCCAGAUUCUGACUAUUAUUUUGGGAUGCCAAAGAGAUAGCACAUGAUGUUCGACCGCUGGGGAAUUGAAGUAUAGUGCUUACCAAUAUACUGGCAUGUAUUUUUUUCUAAAGGAUAUAGUGGUUUCCUUUAGUUGAAACACAUAAAAUUUUCACCCCCAAUGAUUCAACAAGAGUUGUUCAUUAAAAGUGUGUGGUCUCUUUCUUCAUCAAGAAUUGAAAUAUCUGUGCUAUUAUAACUCCAUGGAGAGCAAUAAUAUAAUUUUCACAAGGGGUGACCUUUA